AUGCAAGAUGUAAUGGGAAAUCAAACAUUUUCAAUAACUUAGUUAAUAAAAGUAUAGCAAAACUGCUUUGAAAAGUUUAACUUGUUUGAAAUUUAAAUAAUUAACAGAAUGGCUGAUAAAGUUAGAACUUAAAUAGAAGAAAAUAAAAAAGAAAGUCAAGAAAAUUCAUAAUAAAUCAAGAGAAAAAAAAAUAUUUAACUAAUUUAGUAAGUUCUAUUUGAUGAGAAACUGUCUUAAGCAUUUUAUUAAAUGUUGAAUUGCUUUUUUCAAAAAAGCAAACUUUUAGAUGCUCUAAACUAAGACACAAUCGAUCUUGACAAUCUAGAAAAGCUUGGCAAUAAACUCCUUUAGGAUAGAUCAGAAGUUAAAACUACUCUUAAAAGUUUGAUAGUAGAAAAUGGUUCAUAGACAUAACUUUAAAAGAUGUGUAGACUCUAUGAUUUAGUAUUAGACAUUGAUAACUACUUUGAAAGAAAGAUUUCUUAGCAGAAAUAAUUUAAUUGUUUAACUAGUAUACCACUAUCAUCUAAAGAAAGUUGUUCUGUGUAUAUUUCAUUUAGUACUAAACUUGGCAUUGUAACUAAAAUAUCCAAUAACUUUGAGAAUGUAGUGCCUGUUUACUCAAAUAAAGAAGUGAUAGGAAAAAAUAUCAAUUUUAUGUAGCCAGAUGUUGUAGCUCCUCUCCAUAAUAGGAUCUUGACAAACUUCAUUUAAAAAAAAGUAGUUUCAUAAAAGGUAGCUGAUUAUCCACUUUUAAUUGGAAAAGAUAAAAAAGGUUUUAGUAUACCUUAUGAUAUCAAAAUUUAAGUAGCUAUGAUAGGAUUGGAGGAUUUUGGUUGUGCUGGCUGGAUUAAACAAAUCAAAGAUUCUAUUCAUUAUAUUAUGACAAGCGCAGAUUAGGGGUUUAAAAAUUUUAUAAUGGGUUAAGCUUUUUACGAUUUAAUACUUUCUUUUUCCUUUAAAUAAAGCGAACUGAGCAAUGUUAAGUUUGGAAAUUUAAUUCCACUUUUUUAGACUCUAUUUGAUAAUAAUAUGUCUGGAAAACCGUUUUAAACAAUAUUAAUAAGACCUUAGCAUAAAGAAUAAAUUUCUAAUUCUAUUAAACUCAGUAAUAAUGAGUCGUUAUUUUAAGAAUUAAUUAAUUUCGAUCUCUAUUAGAUUUAGGCUUAAUUUAUUUACUUAAGUACUACUUUUGCAAAAUUUAAUUACUUACUUAUCACAUAGUUAGAUUACCUUGACAGUUUAUAAAGCAAAAGAGAUGCCCUUAAGGAAUUCAGAAAAGAUUUGAAAUUUUAUAACCAAAGUGAAGAAUAUGAUGAAAUUGACUUUGAAGAGCUAUAUCCAAUAUAGAAAAAUGAAUCUGCUAAGAAUAUAUAAGAUAAACAGGAAGAUGAGAGUGCUUUCUUUUUAAAUACAUUCUACGAUUAAUCUAUUGUAUCAUUAUAGGAUGAAAGAUUUAAAAAAUCUUCUAUUAUUGUUAAGCCUUCCCAUUUUUAGGAAAAGCCUUCACAUUUUUAGGAUAAGCAAAUUUUAAAAAAAUCUUCUAAACUUAAAACAAUAAUAAAAGAAAAUAGAUUUAAAAUAAAAAAAAUGUAUAAAAAUCUUUAAUAUUCUUUUGGAUAAGGUUAAUUUUAGGCAGAAGAUCAGAUUUAUUCUAAAAUAGACUAUAUUUAGGAAAAUAACAUGAGUCAUUUAAGCACAUUUCACCCAUUAAAUAGUCAUAAAUAAUCCUUUAACACAUUAAUCACCAGUAGAGCUGAACAGUAUUUGGAUGAAGCAAAGCUCAACGAUUCGAUUUAGAUUUAAAAUAGUUAGCAAACGCAUUAAAACAAUAUUGAUUAAGGUAUUGAAUAAAUGCUAUUUGAAGAUUCUAAAUUAUAGAAAGGAAUUAGCUAAGAAACUAAAUUAAACACGAAAAAAAAAAAUGAUAAAAGAAAAUAAAAAUAAUAUUCUUAAAAAUCUAAAACCAAAUAAACUAUAAAUAAAUUUUAGAAAACAAAGAAAGGAAACGAUUAGGAAACAAAUGUAUCUGCAGAUAUCAGCUUUUUAUUUAAUUAAAAAGAAAGAUAACAAAAUGCUUAAGGAAGUGUAAACUUAUCCAAUAAGAAGUCCAUAUCAUAAACAAGAAUACAGUUAGUAAAUAAGAUCUAGUCUAGUAGUAAAAGACAUUUAUUGUUUUAUAGUGGCUAUAUCUUAGAUUCAUUAUUGCUAAUAUUGGUUUUAAUUUCUGUAUCAAUUAGCAUUUCUUUAAAUUAUAGUUUUGUUGGACAAUAUUAAACUCUAUAGAAUUUGCAUUCUGAUCUAAAUGAUGUGAAAAAACUUAUAUAUAAUCUUUUAGAAGAAAUUCAUUUAAUUGAUGGAGUUUAAAAAAAUUAUUUCAAUAUUUAAAACUCUCUAGAUUAAUAAAAUUUUCUUCAAACUUUAAAUGAUGCAAAAUAUAGCAAUGUCAAUUAAUAUAAAAAUAUUUCAGCGACUAUCUUUAAGGAUUAUCCAAGCUCAUAAAGGGUUUAAGAUUUAUAUAAAUCUAAGCUGAAUUAUGAAUUUCUAAGUAAUGUUUAACAAAAAUUCAUUUCAUAAGAGAUAUUCAACUCCAGCCUUCUUAUAACACUUAUCAGAACCUAACAGCUUCUAACUAUGUUCGUGAAUAUUACAAGUAAUGAAGAUUUUAUUUUUUAGAAUGAGCUUAGGCAUAAUCAGAACUAAACACAAUCCUAAAUCUCUUAGAUUCUAGCUCAGUUGAUAGUAGAUCACACUACAAAUUAUUCCAUAAAGUAGUGGGAAAUACUUAUUUUUAUUAUCGUUUAUAGCAUUUUCGUUUUCUUUUACAGUAUUUUGCUUCUACUAUUUUAUAUUAAUUCAUUUUCUCUUAAGCAGUCCUUACUUUCUAUAUUUGCAACAAUAGAUAUAAAAAAGAUUGAUGAAAUGAUCAAUAGAACAACUUAAGCUAUAAAGCAUUUUUUGGAAUUAAAAAAAAGCAAUAAAUUUCUUGAUUUAAAUAACUAAAAAUAAGAAGGUUAAACAAAUUAUAGUAAUAAGUUAGAAAUUAAUAAUAAUAAUAAUUGCAAAAAAAAAAAUAUUAGUCUAACCACUUACAAAAAAAAUUUAACAGCUGGCAAAAUUAUUUUUAUAGUAAUUUGUCUAUCGUUGAUAUUAAUUAAACCUUGUGUCUAGUAUUAUUUUGUAUAAUUAUAAGUCGAUUUUAUGAAAAUAUCAGGAUCUCUAUAAAGUAAAUUUUGA